AAAAGAAGAAGAAGAAGCAGCAGCAGCUCUCGACUCAUGUCUUUAGGUUGGAUGUUAAUAUCUCUAACUUUUCUAUUGAAACAUCAGAAUGAGCAGACUUGGAGGCACUCAGGGGUGUGACCCCUAUGAGCUGGAGGAGCUGAGCGACGAGGAGCGAGCUGCGAGCAGCUCUGAGGACGAGCUGGACGUGCUGCUGAACGGGACUCCGGACCAGAGGAAGAAGCUGAUCCGGGAGUAUCUGACCGGGGAGAGCGAGUCCUCCAGCGAGGAUGAGUUUGAGAAAGAGAUGGCUACGGAGCUCAGCUCCACUAUCAGGACCAUGGAGGGAGCCUGGUGUCCAGGAUCCGGAGCUGAUGGAGGUGGUGGUGGGGGCGGUGUUGACGGGAGUUCUGCUCUUCCUACGCCUCAGAUGUACGACGAGGUUUACUUUGACUCUGAUUCAGAGUCAGAAGACACACCAAGUGCAGGCAGCUCCACGGGCCGGAGACAGAGACGGAGACAGAGCCAGCGCGUGGUCCUCACCAACGACGAGCUGUUCUACGACCCGGACAAGGACAGCAGAGACCAGGCCUGGGUGGACGCCAGGAGACGGAUGGGGAAACAGCGUCCAGCUGCAGGACUCCACUCACAACCUUUUGAGCCUCAGACUUUACGAAACAGUGACGCCAUUCUGAACUGUCCUGCCUGCAUGACCACGCUCUGCCUGGACUGUCAGAGGCAUGAGAAGUACCGCACCCAGUACCGAGCCAUGUUUGUGAUGAACUGCACGGUGAAGAAAGACGAAGUGUUGCGCUACAAAAACCAGCCGGACGGGAAACGGAGGAAGAGGAGGAGAGGACGGAGGACAGAAGCGGAGGAGGACGAGGCGUCCCGCCGGCUGCCCGCGGGGGUUGAUGCUGACGAGGUUUACCACCCCGUCCAGUGUUCCGAGUGCUGCACAGAGGUGGCCGUGUUCGAUAGAGACGAGGUCUAUCACUUCUUCAACAUUUUGUCCAGCCACUGCUGAGCUCCAGGAGGUUUUUUCUCCCCUUUUUGCCAUUAAGAGUUUGCCCGUGACUCCCCGUCUCACGGCAUCCCUCAACUAUUUUAGCUGUGUUUUUUGAAACUCCAGAACUGUUUCCAUACCAACCAAGACCAAACCAGAGACGUGUCAGAGCUCGUCACGUGAACUCAUCAGUGUUCCUUUCCUCACCAUCCUGGCUGAGAAUCAGACGACCCAUUCACUUGAUCAGCAGUUCAUAUCAAACUCAUGUAAAUAUAUACUGUAUGUGUACAAAGUUUUACAUUUGAUUGUGCUCACAUUAAACGGUGCAUUCUAGUGUCUCAGUGAUACUUGGAUACAAAAAUGUGGCUAAUUAUUUUCUGAAUGUUUAAAGAAGUACUUGUCAGCAGAUGGAGUGCAGGA